CCCGGCAACAACGGUAAUGGGAACACUAAUGGCAAAAAUGUCAACAGGAACGGUAAGGGCAAGCCACGGAAGAGCAAUACCCCCUUUCAGCGCGUGAAGGCCGACGGAGCGAAGUUCGACGAUGUGCGGCUUCAGGACAACAGGUACGAGGCGAGGGGUGCGGGAGCAAACGAUUACGGUGAACGCGCCGCUCGCGACUUGAUCGUGACACGUGGGGCAGGGUUCAGGAAGGAGAAGAACAAGAAAAAGAGAGGCAGCUACCGCGGUGGGGAUAUCACGAUGCAAAGCUACAGCAUCAAAUUCACGUAG